AGCUCAACCGACCAAUCAGAAUGAGAGUAGACACAUAAUGUUCAUAGCAUGAAUUUCACGUUAACAUUGUUCAUGCCUAGGCUAGCAUUGACAUAUCGUUACUGAUUAUAGGCUUGUUUAGUCGGGCACGUUUCAAUUAACUCUAUUCCGGAAUUAUUUUUGAUAUCUUCGAUACAUGUAGUGUCCAUGUGAAAUUUUUCUCGGAUUAAGUAAUGUCUAUAUCAUGUGCUGGAUGCGGUGGUCCCAUAGUAGAGAAAACUCUGUUAAAUGCAAUCGAUCGGUUUUGGCACACUUCCUGUUUGAACUGUUCUUGUUGUGGUCUACGGCUUGAUGAAUUAGGACCUUCCGUUUUUGUUCGCUCAAAUAUGCUGUUAUGUCGACAAGAUUACCUCAAAUUGUUUGGCCUAUCAGGAACAUGCGCCAAAUGUCGAGUUCAAAUUCCUCCAGAUGAAUUGGUGAUGAGAUGUCAAGACAAAGUCUAUCAUGUGAACUGUUUUUGUUGUACUCACUGUCAUUCUCUGUUGCACCCCGGUGAUAAAGUGUGUUUUAUGGAUGGGAAUUUAUUUUGUGAACAUGAAUUCCCUCAUUUGUUUUCUGGGCCUCCCAAACUGACUUCACUGAGAUUAACAUCAUCUUCCGCAAGUCCUUGUACUUCUAAUGAUUCUGAUAUUGGUCGUGGCCAAAUGUCUAUUGAGUUACAAACAAAAAUGAAUGGUGCUUCAUCUUCUAGAUCUUUCAAUAUAAAUCCCUCGUCUUUAGAGCAGCAGCAACAACAGCCAUCUGGUGCUUUGUCAAAUAAACUCAUAUUUUCCCAAUCCGAUAUUUUAUCAUCACUCAGUCCUCAUCCAUCCAGUCCAAUUAUGUCAUUUCCUAAUAACAUGCAACCAAAUCAAGAUAAUAAUCAGCAACUUGUGCAACACGGGUUUUAUGUUACAGACGUUGAGCAACCGUUCGGUGACACAUCUAGUGUACAAAACUCGUCCGAAAAACCAUUGAAAUCAUCAAUGAUUAACACGACAAAUGAGACAACUAAUGGUCGUAAAAAACAACAAAAAAAAGUAGAUAACCGUCGUUGCCCUGCCCUCCGUGUUUGUUGAGCCUGAAAGACUAUAUUGUGAUUGGUCCUUUAGAACCACAAUUCUUUUCGCCAAUUUUUCGAAAUUUUCUUAAUGUAAGAAUUGAACGUUUAUCUUUUUCUGUUUCGUUUUUGUAAUAAAGACUUCACCAGACUAUUUGGAAAUAUGUACUAUCAAUUAAGACGUCCAAUAUUCAUUAUUCUUUGCUACAACAGUUUGUACAAAUAUUUUUUGUUCUAUCUUUAAUCCUGUUCAGAUAAAUAAGUGCUUAAAUCUCAUGUUUUAGAGAACUGACAUUUUGUCGUGCUUUGUGUUCAUUGGGAGGGAUCAUCCGCAUGCAUCUUAAGAAAGCAUGUUUUUCGUUUGUACUUGACACUUACGUAUGGUAGUACCGCUAAAGUAAUAAGAUUUCACC